AUGUUCAAGCCUAUCUUUGGAACAAUUCUUUAUCUGAGUUGCAUCAUAUCAGUUUAGGCUGUUUCAGAAGUGAUAUCAUCUUCAUUUUAAGGAAAUAGUUUUUCUAAUGCCGAUAGUAAUUAUAAUGUUCAUAUAAACAUAGAUUGGAUUGUAAGCGGAGGCUAGCCAUCAUUUACAGACUGUAAGGGCACAAGAUUAUUUGGUGGUUUUAAUGCCUUUGGGAAAAAAAUUAGCGUUACAAAGACUUUUAUACUUCCUCCUCAUUUUUAAGUAAACUUACAAUUGUAAUUUUGGAAGUAAAAUAUGUAAAUAUCAUAGGAUUGACUCAUGGUCCUCCAAAUAUGCAUAUAUUUUUGCAGAUUUUCAGCUGGCAUGGUAGUAAUAAUACUUCUAAUAUGAUGGAAUUUAAUAGUGUGGCAUGAGUAGUUAAGAUUUAUUAGUGAAUUUGGACUUAAAUAUUAAACAUAGUGGUCCUUCAGUCGUAAUAGUGUUAACAACAAAUUUAGAUUAAGAGCCUGACAAAGUAAUAUUUUUAGGGUAUUUUAUAAGCAAUCUUGGGGAUUUAGAGAUUUCAUUUUAUCAGUUGAGAAAUGUCCAGAUGAAUGUUUAGUAUGCUAAUAGACUGAUACAUAUUUUUAAUGCUCAGUUUGGAAGAUCUUAUACACAAGUUGGACCUAAUUAAAUGAAAAUGGAAUAUAAUCUGAUGGUUGGAAUAUGAAUCGUCCCAAAAAGGCGACGUAGUGCGGAUGUAAAUAAGAUAAUUUAAAUUAGCUGUUGCUUUAUUUGGUGGUUUUAAUCUGGCAGGAGUUAAUACAGUUAUCAGCAGAUCUUUUAUUAAUAUUCCACCCCAUUAUAAUUUAAAGAUCCAAUUUUUAUGGGCUAAAAUAGACUCUUGGGAUAAUGAAGCAGCUAAGAUGAUAGUAGAUGGUGUUCUAGUUUGGGAAAGAAAAUUUUACUGGUAUUAGGGCUACUUUUGGAAAAUAUGUGGAGAUGCAUCUGAAGACCAUCGAACAUUAUUUGUUAGAAAUGAAUUAGAUAUAAGACAUACAGGCAGCCAAGUUGAAGUUUCAUUCACUUCCACAUUAAAUGAGCAACCAACUGAUGAGUCAUUUGGUAUAAGAGACUUUGUUAUUUUUUAUGGAGCCUGCACAAAUAAUUGUGUUCAAUGUACAGGACCUAGUGGAUCUGAAUGUUUAUGUAUAUUUUUAAAUAAUUUGAUUAGCUUGUUCCAAAGGAAGUUAUAACACUGGGGUUAUCGAUAGCAUGUGUCAAUGUAAUUUCUUGUUGAUUUAAAUUAGUGUGUCAUCCAUCAUGUUAUAAAUGUGAUGGUCAAAAUAUAGACGACUGUAUUGAUUGUGGAGACCCAAUUAUAUAUAACAAAUAAUUAGUAGCUGGACAAUGCAUAUGUAUAUAAAAAACAAUAGAAUAAACUCAGAUUGAUGGGACAACCAUAUGUUUGCGUAUAUAGUUUGAAUUAUAACUUUUAGCUUGUCAUCCAAAAUGUGAGAGGUGUUAACUUCCAUUUGAUAAAGGUAAUUUAUUUUAUUUUCACUAUCAAUUUGAUUCUAGAUAUUCAAGAAUAAUAAGAACUAUUCAAACCUAAUACAUUUUUAAUUAACAAUAAAUUUAAUAAAUUGAUUAUUCGGAUUGUAAUUCAAUUAAUUAGUAUUGCACAAUGUGCAUAGAAGGAUAGAAUAGAAUUGUCUCCGAUUAACUCAAUUGUAUUUGUAAACCUGGUUAUGGUGAGGAUGGUAUUUCUGAAGUUUGUUUUAGUAAUUAUCUUUUUAAUUUUAGAAUGUCAUUACACAUGUGAGAAUUGUAAUGGUGUUUUAGCAACUAAUUGUACAACCUGUUCAUCAUCUUCUAAUCGUCAUUUGAAUUCUGAUAAUCAGUGCUUAUGCAACAAAUUAUAUAAAGAUGCUGGCAUCAAUAAUAUAAACUGUUUAUGUAAUUUAUCGAAUAUCGCUUUUUAGAUAUUUGUCAUCAUACAUGCACUGAUUGUGAUUUGGCUGGAGAAGAUUAAUGCACGAAAUGUCCAUCUACAAGAAAACCAGAUAGAAUUGGAACCACCUUCUAAUGCUUGUGCAAAGAUUCUCAUUAUUUCAGCGAUAACAUUCAAUUGCAAUGUUUGGAGUGUCAUUUCACUUGCUAAACUUGUAAUGGCCGUCAAUCUAAUAACUGUCUGACAUGCAACACUAAUUAUCGUCAAAUAGCAAUGUCUAAUUGUAUUUGUCUUUCUGGAUAUUAUGAUGUUGGUUAAUUAAAUUGUUCCCGUACUUAUGUUUAUUAUUUAAAGCGUGCCAUUAUACAUGUAUGACCUGCUUUGGUCCAGCUAUAGAUAAUUGUCUCUCAUGUGCCUCUAGUAAUAAUAGAGAAUUUAAGACUAAUAGGUGUGUUUGCCAAAAUACCUAUAUAGAAAAAUAAGUUGGUGACCCUAUGUGUUAAAGUAAUAAUUGCAUUAAACCACAGGUUGCUCAUAUCGUUGUGCUAAUUGCAAAGACACAAUUUAAAAUUGUACAUCUUGUCCACUCUACUCUCUUAGGGAUCUAGGAAUAACGAAUUCUUGUUCUUGUCCAGCCAAAACAUAUGACCAACCUGGCAAUCCAAUCUGCAUAGGUAGAUAUAGGAUUCAACUUAGUUUGUCAUAGCUCUUGUUAAAAUUGUAAUGGAGAUUAACCAAAUUAAUGCACAUCCUGUUAUACAUAAAUUAUGAGAAGAUUGGAUCCUUCUGGAUCUUGUUUAUGCAUGAAUUAAUACUAUGAUGCCGGAAAGCCAGAAUGUCUAGGUAUAAAUCAAUAUCAUCUUUAGAAUGCAGCGCCUAAUGUUUGAAUUGUGCAACUUCUGCUAAUAAUUGCAUAUCUUGUAAUUCAGAUAGAUACUUAGAAGGAAAUGUUUGUAUUUGUAAAACUAAGUCAAACGGAGUUGCCAUUAGUAGUUAUUAAGUUAAUGACAAUGUUCUAUGUCAAAGUUAAAUCAUAUUAAUUAACAUAGGUUGCCAUUAUUCUUGCUUAAAUUGUAAUGGGCCUAAAUCUAAUCAAUGUACACAAUGCUUGGCUAGUGAGAUGAGAGUUUUAUCAAAUUCUAGUUGUCCUUGCUCUCCUCAUUAUUUUAAUAUUGGCAAGCCAAAGUGUUAAUGUAUAUUUGUAAUUCUAAAUAUUAGAAUGCAAUUAUACGUGUGAAACUUGCGCAGGAAUAGAAACUACAUGUCUGACUUGUUAUGAAAACUCUUUUAGAAUCCUUAUCAAUUAGGCAUGUCUAUGUCAAGACGGAUAUUUUGAUAACGGUUCUAAUUUUAUAUGCUAAAGUAAUUUAAAUAACUAUCAUUAAUAGAAUGUCAUUAUUCUUGUUAUUAAUGCAGCUCUACUUCUAAAAAAUGUGUUUACUGUUCAUCUACAUCCAAUAGACUAUUGAAUGAAUAGAUGUUCUCUUGUAAUUGUUUGGAUUCGUAUUAUGAUGCUGGAGUGGAAGUUUGUGCAAAAUGUCAUUAUUCUUGUUUUACUUGUAAUUCUUCUGGAUAUGAAUUUUGUCAAUCUUGCGUAGAUAUGUCAACUUCCUUUAGAGUGUUUAAUUAAGGAAUAUGUCAAUGUUUACCUGGAUAUUAUGAUGAUGGAAUUUCUCCUCAUUGUCAUCAAUGCUAGAGUCAAUGUUUAACUUGUUAAAACAAUGCUGAUUAUUGUACAUCAUGCGAAGCUACAAGACAUUUAGAUGGAAAUAAUUGUCCAUGUAAAACAGGUUAUUAUUUAUAUGAUCUGGAUAAAUGUAGUAAAUGUGAUAAAAAUUGCUUAAAUUGUAAAAUUAGUUCUUCAAAUUGUGUUGAAUGCGAUUAAUCAUUAAUGAGAAUACUAGAUAUCAAAACUAAAUACUGCAAUUGCAAGCCUGGAACUACUGAAAUUGCCGGUUUAUGCUAACCUUGUGAUAUUACCUGUUAAACAUGCCAAAAUUCAAUCACUAAUUGCACUUCUUGCAAAAUGUUGAAAGUGUUAUCUAACAAUUAAUGUAAUUGCAUAGAUGGUACAUAUGAGAGCGGUAAUGAUAAAUAGUGUUUAUUUUGCGAUAAAACCUGCUUUACAUGUAUAAAUCAAUAGAACUAUUGUACAUCAUGUUCAGCAGAUAAUAAUAGAAUCCUUUAACCUGGAAAUAUUUGUAUUUGCCAAGAUGGAUAUUUUGAAGAUUAAGUUUCUUUAAAUUGUAGACCUUGCGAUAAGUCUUGUUUCACUUGUAAAAUAUCUCCUACUAAUUGUCUAACAUGUGAUGAAUCGUACAAUCUGAGUAUGAAUAACUAGAAUAGAUGCGUUUGUUCUAAAAGUUUCUAUUUUAAUUCUACUACUUUAAAAUGUGAAGGUAUAAUUAUACUUAUUCAGCUUGUAAUAUUUAGUGUGCAGAGUGUAAGACAUAGUCCCAAUGCUUAGAGUGCGAAAAUCUUACUCGAUAUUUUGAUUCAGACAACAUGAUGUGCCCAUGCAAAGAUGGGUAUUAUGAGGUUAAUUAAAAGAAAUGUUCAUGUACGAAUUCAGAAUAUUAUUAGCCUGUGAUUUGAGCUGUUAGACAUGUAUAAAUUCAUCUAUAACAUGUUUAUCAUGUGAACCAAAAUAUUUUAGAAUUUUAAAUAAAUCUAAUUAAUGUAUUUGUUUAGAUGGUUAUUAUGAUGUUGGGAUUGGGAUGUGUUAGUUAUGCAAUUCUUAUUGUUAGACCUGCGUGAAAACUUAAACCAAAUGUACUUCAUGCAAUUAACAAAAAUACUUCAGAGUAUUGAAUGCAAAUUAAUGCAUUUGCUAAAAUGGAUACUUUGAUAAUGGUUAAUUGAUUUGUCAAAGUAAAAUCUGUGAUUAUUUUAUAGAAUGCUCUAAAUAAUGUCUAACUUGUUACGGUAGACAAGAUUUUUGUACAAGUUGUGAUACGAAUUAAAAUAGAAUUGAUCAAUCAGUUAUUAAUAAAUGUCCUUGUUAAUCAGGUUUCUAUGCAUCUGAUGAUGAAACUUGCUAAAGUAUUAAUUGUUUUAAUGAUAAGAAUGCCAUCUAAAAUGUUAAACAUGUAGCCAAUCUAAAGAGAUUUGUAAGAGUUGUUCCAUUUCUGCUACUUCCAAUAGACAAAGCAUCUCUAAAAAUUGUAUUUGUAAAGAUGGUUACUAUGAUGAUGAUACUUAAAUGGAUUGCUAAAAAUGUGGCAUACGUUGUAAAUUAUGCUUAAACUCUCCAACAAAUUGUAUAUCUUGUUUUAGCAAUCUUCGAGAAGGACCUCCUCUUUGUGAUUGUAAGGUUGGUUUUUUUGAAAAUUCAUCUUAGAAUUGUGAACGUAUUCAAUUAUUAGUAACAUAGCUUGCGAUAUUUAAUGCUUGACUUGUGAAAAGAGUUCUUCGAAUUGCUUAUUAUGUAAAGAGGGGAGAUCCACUUAAAAAUGUUUAUGUUAAGAUGGAUAUUAUGAAGGUGGAUAGCCACUUUGUCUAUGUAUUUUAGUCAUUAAUGAUUAUAGAAUGUUCAUUUUCAUGCAAAACAUGCAAAGAUUCCCACAUAAAUUGUUUAAGUUGUAAAGGAGAUAGGAUUAACAAUCCUACUUGUUCAUGUCCAGAUGGAUUUUAUGAUGACUACUUGAAUGAAUCUUGUUAAGUUUGUGAUUGGUUAUGUAAAACUUGUAAUAUAGAUGGUUGCCUAACUUGUAACGGAAAUAGGAUUUUAUCUUCGGAAAUGACUUGUGAUUAACCACCAAAUUCUGUGAAUCAUUCUGAUACUCCAUAUUGUUCAAGUAAUAAAUUGUUUAUAAAUAUUACAGCUUGUUAAGUUGCAGUAAUUGACAUUAGAUUUUCUGAUGACUUGCUGUCUAUCUAAGUUAAGUUUGACUUUUCGCUGAAUCCAUCAUUUUUUACUACUCAAUUUUCAGAUAAUGUCUGCUUCUUAAUAUUAGAAAAUCAAACUUAUUAACUACUUGGUAAGAAUCCUAGUUGUUAUAUUGAUCCUGCUGAUAAUACAAAAUUAAUUUUGAAGGUAGGAUAUUAACCCAAAUUAAUUCCAGGGGAUAAGAUUGUAUUUUAUAAUAACAAUUUCGGUCAUCAAGAAUGCGAUCAAAAAUUAAGUGUGUUUAUCUUCAAUUAUAUUAAAAGUCCCAUAAACCCAGUCUCCCCAAAUAUAAUAUAUGAUUUACCAACUUCAAUUCUAAAUCCUUGCGAUGAUAAUACAAUAUCCUUGAAAUUGAAAAUGAAUGAUGGGCUUAGAGAUUUCAUUGAAAUAAAAUGGACCUAUAUAGUAGAUGGAUAUAACGGCAAUGGCGAUCUUGACAACUUUGUUGCUUUAUUAACUAAAUUAUAGGUUUUAGAAUUAGUUAUCCCAUUUUAAACUCUACCAAAACAGUCCAAAAUUACAUUCUAUUUAGACUUUCAAAAUUUUGUUGCCAAAAAAAGUACACAAAUAAUUAACUUCGAAACCCAUUCUGGUCAAUUCCCCACCAUUCUUUGGAUUUCAAAACCCAUUUAUUUUAAUUAUGAAACUAUCGUUUUGGAAUUUAAAAUUAAAAAGAAGGAUUGCUCUGGAUAGACAGAAACAACUUAAGUAGAUAAUUCUUAAUAUUCUAUGGCCGUAGUUGAAGUUUAUAGAAACGAUUCCAAUUCAAAACCAUCAAGGGUAGAUUAUUCAGAAAUCACAAAUCAAAGCAGUUUUAGUGUUACUAUUUUAAAAUAUACCUUGACUUCUAGAACUGCAUACACUUUCGAAUAGACAACCCUUGAUGCUUUACUGAACUUUUCAAUUAAAAGAAACAUUACAAUUGAAAUUAGCUCAGGAGGUAUUCUUUGUUAAUUUUACGACACUAAAAAGAUUCAGAAUUAUCGAAAAGAAACUUAUAUUUUCAUAUAAUGUAAAGAUUUAGAUACUCAAUAUGACUGGAAUGAGGAUCCUGGUAUUUCAAUAAAUGUUGAAUGUGUUGACUUAACAACGAAUUCCCUUUGUAAAAAUUUAAAUCAAAAGUUAAUCUAAAUCAAUAAAACAGAAAGUUUUCACGUUAUUCCAAAAUAAACUAUCAAACCUUACACUAUUUAAAGUUGGUCAGUAGUGGCUUCAAAAAAUUAAUACUCAUAUAUAAUUAAAUAAAAUAUUAUCUAUUUAGAUAAUGAUUUUAAAUUAUUGAAUGUAACUUAUAGUAAAGGGUAUUUGAUGAGGGCAAUCAAUAACUUUGAAAAUUUGGAGUUUACUAUUAAUAUUCCUUUUGAAGAUAGGCAAUAUCUUCUAGAUUAUCAAUUAGCUAUUAUUUAUAACUUCGAACUUGUAAAGAUAUUAUAAUCUGAAUACUUUUAACAAUAAUUUCGUAUGUUUGACUACUUUUAGGAAUUUACAAAAGGAGAUAAAAUAAAUCUGAAAUUUUUGGCUUAGUUUACUAAUGAAAUUAUACCCAGUCAAGAGGAUUUAUAAAUAAAUGUUAAUUAGCCUCCUACAUGUAUAGUUAGCUUAAGUGAAUAAACAGUUGAAGCUUUGAAACCCUUAAAGGUAAUUGCAAUUUGCAAGUUUUCUGAAUCAGCUCCUUUUACCUACCAAUUAAGAUAUUUUCUUCAAAAAUAAGAUUUAACUGAUUUCUUGAAUAGAACAACUGAUUAUUCAUUAAUCUUGAGCAGUUAUUCAGGUUCUUAUACUAUAUAAGUCACUCUUCCAUUCUCUGAUGGCGUUUUUCUAAUAUAGGCAAUGGAUUCAAAAGGAUCUUACCUAAAUAUUGAAAAACAGUUAAACGUAACAAUGACUGUGCUCAAUUGUUCAUAGAUCAAUAUUCAUUAAUAUAAUUUAAAUUUCUAAAUUUCAUUAUUAUUAGAAACCAUUAUGAAUCAUUACGACUAAUAAAAUUGUGAUACUUUAUCUAAUUAAUUAUAUUCAAAUAUAUAAACCUAUUUGAGAGCUGAUAAUAUUGAUGAUCAAUUGUUAGUAUAUCAAACUAUUAAAUUGUAUAAAAGAAUACUUCAAAAUAAAGCUUCACACUCCUUUAAUAGAUUAAUAUAUGAAAAUUCAAACACUUGUUUUGAAAACUUGACAAAAACCUUUUAUGUCAGUAUUAUAAAUUUUAACACUUCAUCGACCGUUACUCCAUCUAGUUUGCAAGAAGACCUAAAAUAAAUUAAGGCAAUUACCCAGAAAAUGAUAAAAAAGCUUGCAGACUUUAAUGAUUAAAUUCUCUAAAAUGAUGUGUUCUUGGAUGAAAAACUUUAUUAAAAAAAAGUAGCUAUUAUAAACUCUUUAUCAGUUAUAUAGCAUUUAAUUGAUGAUAUCUUCCUUAAAAUUCCAAAAGCCACUAGUACUUCUAAUUAAGAGAAAGAAUAGAUUAUUAAUGUAGCAGAGGGAUUAAUAAGCCUGAUUGAAAAGAUUGCAAUGUAAAUUAAUGUUCAAGUAAAGGUUAACGGAUUUCAAUUAAGUACUAAUGGAAAAAUACUCAAAUGGUAAUUAUCCAAAAAUACAAAAGAAAAGAUAAAUAAACAAUUUAAUAUUGAAAGAGAUCUAUUAGAUGGAUUGAUUGAUUUUGUUUAAAAAGAGUAAUUAGAAUUAAAUUACAACUAUUUAAAUCUAUCUCAUAAGUUAUAAUCAUAAUUGCAAACAUUUUUCAAUUUAACUAAUCUCGAAAUUAAUGAAUAGACGUUGAAGAAAACUAAUUUAAAGAAUCAUCUUUAUAAUGAUCGAUACAUUGAUUAUCAAUCUGCACCUAGAUAAUAUAUAAUAGAUAUGCUUUAAAUUCCUUAUUGCCAAGAACAAUUUCCUUAAGACAACCCCUAUUUAUAUGAUUGCGUUAAUAUCAAUAAGGAUGGACAUUUCUAGAAAUGUGAAUUAUCAACUGAAGAAAUUGAUAAUAAAACUAUAUCAUUAUCUUGCAAAUGCCAACAAUUAGGAAGUAUAAUUUUAAUUUAAUCUCCCUAAAAUUCACUAUCAUAAGAAAAUAUCCCUAAUGCUCAAAUUGAAAAUAAAAUUUAAGAUAAUAAUCUAAUAUUAAAUGAAUAACCAAUUUUACUAUUUCAUGGAAUUUUUAUAGCUUUUUCUUACUUCAUCUAUUUUGAAUUAUUCACGAUUGAAAUUAAAUAAUAAUAAACACCAUAAAAUUCUAGAAUAGAUUGUGAGAAUAAUUUAGAUGAAAAUUAUGAAUCAGGAAAACCUAAGAUACUCAAACUUUAUCCAGGAACUUUAGCAGUUUUCAAAAUAUGCUUUAAAGUAAUUACUAUUAUUAAUAUGUAGUUUAUUCAUGAAGUAUUAUCCUGCUUUAAUGCCGAAAAUACAAUUCUUACAAAAAGUUAUCGUUUUUUAUAACUAUCAAUCAAAAUAAGUAUGUUAAUACCAAUUUCGUUUUUGGAAGCAACUUCUUUAAAUGAAAUUUCAGUAUUCGCAAUUUUAAUCAUAAAUUGUGGAGUUUUUGCAAUUUUUAGAAUGAUCCUAAAGUUAUUUUAGUCGAUUUACAGAUUUGGGGGAAAAUGGAGUAUUUCGAUUAUUAUCAUAUUUCUCCUCAUACACAUCUUAUGCUACCUAGAUUUCAUUCUAUAAUUGAAGCGAUAGUAACAAUCAUAAUCUAUUUUUAGCUAAUAAGACCUUUAGAUAAUCAAUUUCGAAAUUUUUCUUCUUUUAAUCUGUUCACUCUUUUUAUUUUAUGUCAUUUUGGAUCCAAUUAUGCUAUUCUUAAGGCUUAUUAUUUAUAAGCAUAUCGCUUUCUAAAUUAAAAAUUAAAAAGUUAAUCCGUGGAAUUAAUUUUUCUACUUUUUUGUUUACCAUUAAAAACUAGAUGAUCUAUUUAAGUUUUAUGCCAUAAUGUGA